AUUUUUACAGGUUUAUAAUCACAAACUGUCAUUCGGUGAGGUUACAGUUACGAUGUCAAGACCGUAAUCAGACGCAGAUCUAAAAAGUAAAUGUUAAAAUCAAUCAAAAUUUUGAUCACACGUUUGUCAUUGCCCAAUUUAUUUUCUGUGUUGUGUGCAUCGCAUUGCGUUGCAUCUGAGUAAAGUUUUCGAUCUAUUCCCUAGGUUGUCCAGACCGUAACCCUGUCAAACCGUAACCUCAGGAUUAAUUAAUUGAAUUUAACAUAUCAGAACUUAGUUUUUUCCCUAUGUUUUACUAAUUGAAGAUAUUUUUUGACUGAAAAUAAUUAAAAUAUAAGCAUGAAUUUUAGUAGAGGAAUAUUCCAGCACAACUUUUUUAUGGCGAUGACAAGGCGAAUUCAGAAAGCAGUUUAGGAUGCUGAACAUUUUGGCAAUCGUCACAAUUUUAAGUUUUUUUAAUCCCACUGAAGUUUCCCUUUAUGAACGGAUAAAAAGGCAAGCUUUCGAUGAGGAAACGCCGGUUGUGUUUCCAGCAAUGGAAGAAAUACCGGAAGUAAAGUGCAUAGCAUAUGACGGAGGAAAAGGUUUUUGUAGACCAGCUGGCCUGUGCGUAUUUCGGUUUGAAUCAGCACAAGACCUCGAAGAGUCUGCAUGCACCAUAAAUAAGAAUCAAGUUGGAACAUGCUGCCCCGGGAAACCUCCACCAUCACGAGCUUCAGGUCCUCUGCGUCCUGAAAUACCAGCAAAUAUGCCAGAUAUAAGUUCCUCUGAUUUGGACUUUGCUGGACAAGAGGGUCGAUCUAUUGUUCAGAGAAUUGAUCAACUGGAAAUCGAACUUCAAAGAAGAGGUUUGAUAGUGAGAAAGGACAACCCUGAGUAUUUUCUUGAUGCACAAUUUGAUGGAAAUAAAAAGAAAGUAUGGGAAUUGGGAAGAGAUGGAUUGACAGGAGUCGAAGCUACACUGAAGUUAGUUAAAACGUUCCAGUUGAGUUCUAUGCAGAGUAAGGAAAGAUUAAGGCACAUUAGUCUAGCUAACACCGUUAUUGCUGAUACUUGUCCUAAAUCAUCUCCUUGUCCAACAACGAAAUACCGGACGUCAGAUGGUUCUUGUAAUAAUUUAUUGCACCCAGAAUGGGGAAAAUCUUUUCAAACGUAUUCGAGGAUCUUGCCUCCUCGAUAUGCCGACGGAAUAAAUGAAGCACGAGCAUCAUACGAUGGAGGACCUUUACCAAGUGCCAGAGAAGUGUCACAACGAGUGUUUUAUCCCUUGGAUAGACCGAGUCGGAAAAUCACAACAGCUUUUACUCUGUGGGCUCAAUUUUUAGGUUACGAUUUGUCACUCACAGGUGUUACGCAUGCUGGAAGUGGAGAUGGAAUCCUUUGCUGUCAUCCUGAAAUACAGAACAAUCAGAAGCUUUUGCACCCGCAAUGCAUGCCCAUUCAUGUACCGGACAACGAUCCGUUAUAUAAAGAAUACAAUGUAACUUGCAUGCAAUUUCUACGAUCAGUAGCAGCUCCACGAUCUGACUGCACAUUUGGCCCCAGAGAACAGCUUAAUCAAGUGACUGCUUACAUUGAUGGAUCGUCUAUUUAUGGAUCCUCAGAUAAUAUCACCAAAACUUUAAGAAGCUUUGAAGGAGGUAAUCUGAAAUGGACAGUUAUUGCAGGAGAGUUAAUGUUACCCAGAAGCCGAGCUCUUCCAUGUGCCAGAGUUGAAACACCAUGUUUUGCUACAGGUGACAAACGAUCCAAUCAAAAUAUUCUUCUCAGUGUCAUGCACGGAUUAAUGCUAAGAGAGCACAACCGAUUGGCAGAUCUACUCUCUAAACUGAAUCCAGGAUGGAAUGAUGAGAUACUCUUCCACGAAGCCAGACGUUUACUUUGCGCUGAAAUUCAACAUAUUACAUACAGUGAAUUCCUGCCUCUACUUUUAGGCAAUAGAGUAAUGUCAGCCUACGAACUGACUCCAAAAUUAACUGGUUAUAGUUUUGAUUAUGAUCAGGAUUUAAAUGCUGGUAUUACCAAUUCAUUUGCUUCAGCAGCGAACAGAUUUGGGCACACAUUAGUACAAAGUUCAGUGGAAAUGUAUACUGCUCAGGCAGCGAGGUAUAAUAGCAGUCUCAGUCACAGUUACGACCCGUCUAUUCUUUAUGAAAAAGGCAGUUUUGAUGCUCUUGUUCGAGGGAUGAUCUUGCAGCCAGCUCAAUCCUUUGAUCAUCACGUAGUUCAAGAGCUGAGUGGAAGAUUGUUCAGUAUGGGUGGUCAUGGAUUAGACCUGAUUGCUUUGAAUAUUCAAAGGGGUCGUGAUCACGGAUUAUCGGGCUACAAUGAGUGGCGUGAAUACUGUGGUUUGCCUCGUCUUCGCAAUUUCGAAGAUCUACUCACCGUCAUGAAUCCAACAGCGGCUAGAAAUUUCAGCAGGCUAUACAGGAAUGUAGAUGAUGUCGACUUGUAUCCAGCUGGAAGUGCAGAAACUCCUUUGCCAGAUUCUAUACUGGGUCCAACAUUUGCUUGCAUUAUUGCCGAACAAUUUCGACGUCUCAAGUUAGGGGACAGAUUUUGGUAUGAAAAUGGUGGUAAAGAAUCAUCAUUUAACGAAGGGUAUAACCGAAAGAAUCAAAGAUUAAUAUCUUAUCCUGAUAGCAUUCCAUCGGCCAUACGCCCCGUUCCUCACGGACCUGAUGUGCCUGUGCCUUUGCCUCUAACUGAAUUACCAAUCAUCUCUUCAGAGUCUUCAGACUCGGAACAUCCAGAAGUUCAAGGCUCCGAUAUUGAAUAUAAACCAUCUCUAGCCGGUUUACCUCAGCCCUCCUCUCAGUACUUUGAUGAAGAGGAGAACUUGGUCUAUUGUUCUGAUGUUCCUGGAUUGAUGAGCAAAUUUAAUGUCAUCUACAAUAAAGAUGAGUGGAGGCUGUUUAUAGAUUCAUCUAAAAGAAGCCUCAAAGCUGUUCUUCUUCAUCAUAGGAGCCAGUAUGCAUCAGUACCAGUUGGACACUCAGUAUAUUUAAAGGAAUGCUACGAAAACCUGACUCUCGUCCUGAACAAAAUAAAAUAUAUCGUCCACAGUUGGACCAUUUGCGGUGACUUGAAAGUCAUCUCACUGCUUCUUGGUCAACAAGGGGGAUUUAUAAAGUACCCAUGUUUCAUUUAUGAGUGGGACAGCCGUGACAAGACUUAA